AUGGACAAAUGGUGGGAUUUUAAUCGUCUCGAGCUUCAAAUUUUCUAUAGGUUGAUUAAAGAAGUCAUGCAUUUGGUGGUCUAUAAUUAUUACGGAGAGUUUAGCAGGAUUCAAGAUGCUGAUGGUAUCAUAAUCAAGAUCGUUACCCUCAAUCACUCUUUCACCGUUCGAUCAGCCAAAGGAAAAGUUAAUCCAUCCAUUCAUUCCACUCAGAAUUAA